GUCAGCUGACGUCACCAUCACGGUUGCCAGCAGCAAAUCCUUGCUGAGAGCUGCGCAGCCGCUCUGCGCAUCCGUCGGCUGAGCUGAGGUGGUCAGCGCAGCCAUUUCCGUGCCCCUCACGGAAAAACAUGCAGGGGGUGGCAUUUGUCCAUCACGCGCACAGCUAAAUCAGUCAUGACUUUGGCUGCACGACUUCACGCUGAAGUCUGCAUCAUCGAUUAACAGCCGAGAUCUCCAAACUUUCUCCUCAAUUCAACGCCUGCGCAGACAAUACAAGCUCUCUCCCUUCAGCUCCUGCUCCUUUUCCCUUUUUUUCUGUUUCUGUGUCAGCCAUGGAGGGAGAUCUGCAAGGAGGCAGCAACCACGUCGCAGCGCUGCAUGUGAAAACUGAAGCGGUGGAUGAAAAUGCAUCUGCGCUGCUUUUGGGCAGGCAGGAGUCGCCUGCGCCCUGCGGAGAUACCGCAUGCAGAGGAGGAGGAGGGGAACAGACUGCAGAGGAGCUGGCUGACACAGAGCUGCAAGCUGCCACGACAACUACUCCUGUACUACUGUACCCUGUUAGCACAGAGCGGUUCUUCACCACAUCUGGGGAUGGAAAAACAUACCUGAAGAUAGCUCCAGCUUCAGUAAUGCCCCCUGCUCCUUCCGAGAAGACGCUUUGCUCUGGCUCGGAUUUCUCUUCCAAAGCCGUUUUGUGUCUGAUUGAGGCCGUCGGGCGUCGCUGGGGUCUCUAUGAGACUCGGGAACGCUCGCAGCUCUUCCAGAGUGUCCAAGAGGAGAUGGCCUCCAAGGGGCACAUACUGCCUGUUGAGAAAAUCCGUCGCAAGUGGAACAACCUCAUUGUGACAUACAAGAGGGUUAAAGACCGCAGCCGGGAGACGGGACAUGCUAAGACGUCUUGGGAGUUCUUUGAUUUGAUGGACGCCACCCUCUGCGACACCAUUGGCACUCAGAUCGUGAACAACAAACGAAACAAAGGCGGCAGCACGGUUUCUACACUGCCUGCUCCUUUGGCUAAGAUCGCUGCAAAGCCCCUGCAGCUUCCAAAGCCGACGUCCACCAUCAUCCGUCCUAGCAGUGACUUUGCUGCUGGUGCUGGUGGUGGUGGUGGUGGUGUGGACUCAGUAGGUCUGGGCUCCAGUGCUGGCAGCGCUGCCAGUACGUCGGUGACUGCAGCGACCAUUAGCUCAGCUAAUGCCCCAGACCUCAAGCCCCUGAUCGUCCUCAAUGGUGACAUUGUUACUACUAGUAUUCACCCAGCCACCAUUGUGCCUGCUCCUUCUUUUAUCACCUCGCCUUGUUAUACAGAAACAGCCACCACAUCCCCUUCCCUCAUCUCCGCCAGUAACACAGACCUCAACACACUGGGCUACACGAGCCGCAAAGCUCCAUCCAUCUCAUCAGGUGUCAUCCCUUUUCGCCUGAGUACAACAUCGCUCACCCAAAGCCAGAAUCUCCUCGGCCUCUCCUCUUCAUUCCCCCUCACGUCCUCCUGCCUCACUUCCUCUGCUGCCACCUCUUUGUCAACAUCAACUGUGUCUGGAACUGAAGGACAGAACCAGAAGGCGAAAGCGGAGCAAGGCGGCUCCACUCUGUUCCAGGAGAUUCUGAAGCGACAGGAGGAGCAGGCCUACCUCGAUCGAGUGGCUCGCCGCAGGGUUGAAGCCAGAGAGAAGAGGCGCGAGAGGAGGGAGGUGCGAAUGUCCGAGUCCCUAGGAAGGAUAGCCACGGCCCUGGAGCUGCUCUCCUCCAAACAGGACACAGUCAUCGCCCUCCUACAGAGGCUGGCUGAUCGGAAAUAAUCUACAGUGAAAGCCUGGAAAGUAGAAUCUCCUGACCUUGUUUUUCCCCCACCUGAGAUCCUCCUUAUGAAGCUCUCAUGCACUAUAACGCUACUUUAAUGAGCAUAGUUUAAUAUAAAUGUGAAUUUGACGAACUCUUAACUAAAUAACAGACAAGCGCGAAGGUGAGUCAUUGUUCCGUGCUUUUAAAUUGUUGUGCUUUGUAAAUAUGUUAGUUUGCUUCACUGACAUCAAAUAAAAAGAUUCUUUGGAUAUGCACCUUAAAGCUGUGGUCAUUUGAACACUUUGUCCCCAGAUUGCAAGAAUAAAACACUGAUUAACUACUAAAAAGUUGCAAUAAACUUUCAUGCAAUCAAAUCAACCAUUAAAUUAUUAUCAAGGCUAAGAAAAUCCCCCAAAAUUUAUUUAAUAAAGAAUCUUUAAUCACAAAAAGGUUUUAUCUUCAUGAAUGAAUAAAUGACUGAGAGCCAGGCUUUGGAUUAUUUUGGAUAAUGAGUAUAAUGUUCAUAUAAGUAUUACUGUUAAAACUACAAUAUUUCAUUGAAAUGUAGCUGAAAAAUGAACCAUUUACUUGAUGUUCUCUCAAAAUACUACAUAGGUCCAGUGUUUGAGUAAGUGUAGCUGAUUAAUUUUCAUUGCUGAAUGUAAAUACUCUCAUUUUAAAAUAUUAUCAUUUUACAUUUUGUCAAUCCAGGGUGAAUUUAUCGAAGCUUUAUCCCUGAUCAGGACGUUUUAUGAAGCAUUAAAGUAUACUGACCACUAGAUGGCGCGCUGAGACCGUUCAUUGUAUUGCUUCUCAAACUUUUAAAGCGCAAUUGUCUUAACACACUUUAGGCGGUUCGUGUGUUAACACACGUGUGUUUUAGUGAUAUAAAAAUCGCAGUAUCCUUAAAUGUAAUAGUUUAAUUGUUUCCUCGUUGCAUUGCUUGUCAGUCUCACUAUAAAAUACCAACGAAUCAAAGUCUACUUCUCAGUCAAAAUGAAAGUAAUGAUAUUCUAUUUGAAAUCAUAACUUUAUUCCACAUUAAGCUGUUAUGCAAGAAAUCAUCAACCCCUUACACCAUAAAGGUGUGUCCCAUCCAGUGACUCUCUAUAAGAUGCAGGUAGAAUGCCAAGUUCAGAGGUUUAUUUAAAACAUUUGAAAUAGUCUUGGCUCGAAACAGGUAGAAAAAAUAAUAAUGUCCUGCAGAGCGGCCGAUUUUCGCUGCUGACCUAAUUAUUCAGCGUAUGUGGACUUGACUGUAACUUGGUGGAUGCGGUAUUCUCGUAGCGCAGCCAGUAUGUGACUUGGCUGUAGAGCCCCACCCUCAGUUUAAAACAGAAAGCACCGAGGAAGUUGUGAUGAAAGAAGCUUCACCUAACAGACUUUGAGUUUUGAAUUUUGGUGAUACUUCUGUCUUCGUCCACCAUGAGCACUCAGGCCGCUGAUAGCAUACCUGGUCCAGCAGAAAGUGAGCAGGAGCAGGAGCCGUUGAGGAUCAUGCUUCUUGGAAAAUGUGGUGUAGGCAAGAGCUCGAGUGGGAACACCAUCCUCAAUAAAAUGGUGUUCUGUUCAGAGAUGAAGCUGGUCGGCAUCACUGUUCACUGUGAAAAAGAGUCCGCGGUGGUUGGAGAUGUACCUGUCCAUGUGAUUGACACACCUGGGCUUUUCGAGAAGGGAAGCAACAAGGAGGACAUCAUCCGAGAGAUUCUUCAACGCCUGAAACUCCAGGAACCAGGGCCGCACGUCUUUGCAUAUGUUAUUCCUUUAGGAAGGCUGACUCAGGAAGACCAAGACACCCACACGCUGAUUGAAGCAAAGUUUGGCCCAAGAGUGUGGGACUACACCAUCGUGCUGUUCACCCACGGGGAUCGCCUGGAAGACAAAACAAUAAACAACAUCAUUACUGAGAGUGACGAGAACCUCCGCAACUUCAUACGCAAGUGUAGCGGUGGCUUCCACGUCUUCAACAACAAAACCCCGGAGGACCAGAAGCAGGUCACAACUUUUAUGGAGAAGAUCGAGACCCUGGUGGCCCUGAAUGGAGGUAGUUACUACAAUACAGAGCUGUAUCCUGAGAAGGAGAGGGAAAUCAGAAAAAGACAGGAAAGCAUCCUUGCAGAGAGAGAUGAAGAAAUCAGCAAAAAGGAGGGAAAUCUGAGGGAGCAUUACAAGGGUGAAGAGCUAAAGAAGAUGAAGACAAAUCUGUGGAGAAAAGAGGAGGAAAGGGCAAGAAAAGAUGCAGAGGGGGAGUUGUACAGCAUGUCCUACCUCAUGAAGAGCAUCCUGUUACUGGCUGUAUUGUGUCUACUGUUAUGUUGCAAUCUUGGGGUAGCAGCUAAAUGCCUUUGUGUUAUAGGAAUCAUUUUGAUUGUGGUGUCUUUUACAAUUUUUCCAAUUAUUCCAGGAAAAAUUCCAGGUCUUUCUAAGAAAAAGAAAUAGAUGAGCUUUUACUGUGUUAGUGAUUUAUCAUUCAAAUGUGUGACAGAUGAUAUAUCGAACUGAUUUAAUUAACAAAAAUAAUUUUCAUACAUAUUUGUCUGUCCAUAGUUAGAAAAUAUAGUCAUCUGAUAUCAUCUCAUUGAUCUCAUAUUUAAUCAGAUAACAGAACUGUAAAAAUGCUAAUGAAAACAAUAUUUAAAGUACUACACAAAAGUCUCGGCCCACCACUUUUUCUUUAUAUUUUACUAGGAAAAAAAGUAAAUGCAAGGAUAUGCGGACAUAUACAUGGAAAUACAAUACAGAGUUUUAAAAUCAA